AUGGAUCACACCUCUGCGUCAGAUAUCCGCUCUCUUACCUCUCUCUACCGCACCGGCAAACUAGAAGCUCCGAAGAAUCCUCCCCUUAACGGCGCAUCUUCCGCGCACAAUGAUCGCAUCGGUCUAUUUCAUGGGGACAUCACCACUUUGUCCGUAGAUGCAAUCGUAAAUGCUGCCAAUACCUCUCUACUCGGCGGUGGUGGUGUUGAUGGCGCUAUCCACCGUGCUGCUGGUCCGAAGCUACGUGCUGAGUGUCGCACCUUGGGUGGUUGCCAUACUGGUUUGUCCAAGAUCACCGAUGCAUAUAACCUUCCUUGUAAAAAGGUCAUUCAUACUGUUGGUCCCGUAUACAACGAUAUCAACCCCGCUAAGAGCGAGGCUGCUCUCCGCAGCUGUUACAAGUCGAGCCUGGAGCUUGCCGUGCAGAACGGGUUGAAAACUAUCGCGUUUAGCGCAAUUAGCACCGGUGUUUACGGCUAUCCAAGCAACGGGGCUGCUCACGUCGCCUGUGACACCGUUAGAAAGUUCAUGGACAAUGGUAAUGGCGAGAAGCUGGAAAAAGUAAUCUUCGUUACAUUUGAGUUGAAGGACGUCCGAGCUUAUAAUAACAUUAUACCCCGCCACUUCCCUCCUGCCCCUAUCGCUGAAAACGAAGCCACUCAAGAGCGCACUGCGGGCGCCGAGACUGAUAACAGCCAGGUUCCCGAUGUUUCCGCCACCGGCACUGCAAGCCGUUAG